GUCAAGUAGUCCCAAUAAAUUCAGUUAAAUUCAGAACUGAAUUGAAAUAAGGCUCACCAUGCAAACAGUGACAAUAUAAUUUUUUUGCAAGUAAAUGAUAGCAAAGAUUAAUGUUGCAAGUUUAUACAUAAAGCCAAUGCGAACCAAUUUAUUGAUCUAAUUAAAGCUGUAUAUUUUUGGCAGCUUCAGGUAAGCAACAGAUUAUCUGGCAGUAAUUUUUAAACUCAACUUGUUUCUUCUGCCUGGAAGCAGUUUUAUUAUUUUUGAGUGGCCCAAACAGUCCUGACUUGAAGCUGUAGAGGGAAUACUUACAAAAGGUGGUGUAUGUAUGGUAGGAUAGGGGGAAGUAAUUUCAGUUCUAUUGUUUUAACUGUAUAUUCACUGGACCUGCACAUACACGCAUACAGAAAAUAACAGAACAGUUUGUGUACAAACAACCCGCUUUAACAUAAACUUUAAGUGUGUCAUGGAUAUUUCGUUUAAACCAUCCUUGUUCUAAGUUUAAUGAGAUGUUUAGAGAAGGCAGAAAUACUCAAGUAAGAGAUUAACACUAAUAAUAUUAAUAUAUGGUCCAGUGAAACUACCACAUAUAAGUAUUUUCCUUAUAAAGUAUAUAUAGUGACUGUAACUGAGUAAUGCUAAGUAGUUCCACCCCAGCUCAAAUAUGUUCUCAUUCAUGUUAACCGGAAAUGCUGGUAAUGUAUAAAAUGUAAAGAUAAAACGGCUUCGCACCUGACACGCCAAUAAGGCUAAUAAAACUGAUUGCACGUUGUUAGUCAACGUGAUGACGACAUCCGUUUAGUCGAGACCACGUGAUUCCUUUACCUGUGCCCAGCCUAUUUACUUCUUCUGCUGAGUCGAAACGCUGCGCACACACAGAUUUAAGUUUUUAAGUGUUUCUUAGAAAGCUUUUAGAUGUUUAUCUUGGUGUGCUGAACAGCACUCUGUUGUAGUUCCUUCUUUGUUGUAACCUUUGCUUAAGUUUUUCAUCUCCUUCUGUGUGGACUUCGACCUCCGCUACUGAGGCACCUGUUAAAAACAAGGAAGUCUAUUCCUGCUCAACGCGUCUCGUAUAUGAAAUUAAAACGGGUUUUGUAGAUGCUCACGGCUGACAAACGGGUGUUUUGUGCUCUAUGCUGAUCCUUUAACCCUGACCCGGGACGAUCACUGCCAUCUAAACAGGAUAAAGCUGCUUUCCACUCGGAACAAGAUGAACGGCUCUUUGGACAUGGAUUCAUCGUCCGAAAAUAAUUCGAUUGUUCACCUGGAUGAGCCAAUCCUUCCGGAAAACAUAACCAUCAUUCGGACAAGGAACGGGUCACUCACGGAUCAGAUGUUUCUGAACACAGUGACUGCUCAGGCCCUGUCUGGGAUAUUUGUCUGGUCCGCCUUGCUCAUAACAUGCCACCAGAUCUACACACACCUCCGGUCCUACACUGUCCCCAAUGAGCAGCGCUACAUCAUCCGCAUACUGUUCAUUGUGCCAGUUUAUGCCUUUGACUCCUGGCUCAGCCUCCUAUUCAUCAGCAACAACCAGUACUAUGUUUAUUUCGAUUCCGUUCGAGACUGUUAUGAAGCUUUUGUUAUUUACAAUUUCCUGAGCCUGUCCUUCGAGUAUCUUGGAGGAGAGAGUGCAAUCAUGUCUGAGAUUAGAGGGAAGCCUAUACAGUCAAGUUGUUUAUAUGGGACGUGUUGUCUGGUUGGAAUGAGCUACUCCAUCGGCUUCUUAAGAUUCUGCAAACAGGCGACUCUCCAGUUCUGUGCUGUCAAACCCAUCAUGGCGGCCAUCACCAUCAUCCUACAGGCCUUCGGCAAAUAUCACGACGGAGAUUUUAAUGUUAAUGGAGGCUACCUGUACAUCACAAUCAUCUACAACUUCUCUGUGAGCCUGGCCCUCUACGCACUCUUCCUUUUCUACUUUGCCACAAGUGACCUGCUCAGACCGUAUGAACCAGUGCUCAAAUUCCUCACAAUAAAGUCUGUCAUAUUUUUAUCCUUCUGGCAAGGAAUGGUCCUUGCUAUCCUGGAGCGGUGUGGGGUCAUUCCCAACGCACUUUUCAUCGACGGACAUAAUGUGGGUGCUGGAACCGUUGCAGCCGGCUGGCAGAACUUCAUCAUCUGCAUCGAAAUGUUCUUUGCGGCCAUUGCGCUCCGAUAUGCCUUCACCUGCACCGUCUACCAGGAGAAGAAAAACGAUGUGCCAGAGAAUCUUCCCCCAAUGCAGAGCAUCUCCAGCGGCUUGAAGGAAACCAUAAACCCAGGCGACAUGGUUCAGGACGCCAUCCACAACUUCUCGCCAGCCUAUCAACAGUACACUCAGCAAUCCACACAGGAGGUCAGCCAGCCCAGCACUAAUGGAAAAGUGGCCACGGGCAACAAGAGCUCUCGCAAGUCUGACAAAAUCAUGCUGAUUACAUCAGAUGAUGAGUUCUAGGCAUUUUUCCAGCAAGAGACCCAGGUGUUGGUGCCCUUUCCACCUUUACCUCUGACCCCCUGGGGGGGAAAAAAAAAAAAAAAAAAAAGCUGUGUUACAUUACUCACAGAGCUGGGCUGAACACAGGCGGUUCAUUUUCGCAAGUACUUAGACAGGACUACCUGCUUCUGUAAUGAUGAUUUUAAUCAGAGGAUGUGCAUGAAAUUUUGAGUUUUAAAUUUCGCCGCUGAAUGUACCGACAACUUAUCCGUCUCCAUCUCGCUGCGAUAAUCUAGAAAAUGACAUGUCAUCUUCACUUCAUCACACGAUUCAGGAGCCACGCGCUUCCCUUAAAUCAAGCUGCCGGAUUUUCAGCUGCGUCCCCCCCCCCCCGACACCGACUCCGUCCGCGCCAUCUCGCCACGGCAGCCUCUCUGGCUGUCUGAAGUGCGUUCCAUCUGAAUCAUGUCAGUUUCAAAGAGCGGAUGAUUAAUAUGUGACUCCAGGUGGGAGGCAGGGGAAGCCGGCAAUGGCUGAGAAUGGCACUUCAUGGACCGUUACUCACAUCUGCUUGUUUGAAGUAUUUGCUGAGCAUUCCUCGGCAUGGUUUCCUGACGAAUGAAAGGCUUUUGUUCAAAGACGUAUUAGUUUUGGAGCAGGCAAUUCAAACUGCACUUCACUAUCCUUUGUAUCCACCAUAGCAGGCAUAAAUUAGAUAAACCCGUUGUCUACAAAGAGGGAAGUUGGAUCAUCUCAUUAAUUUUCUCAGCAUGCUAAAGAGUAGCCCAAAUAGACAGCCAUGUAAUACAGGCUAAGUUUUUUUUUUUUUUUUUCUUAAGGAAUAUUCUCUAUUGUGACUAUUUUUUGUGUAGUUUUUAUGAUUUCAUUUCAAUGCUCAUGUUAUCCCAUCUUGCAAGGGUCAUGAAAUGUGUUCACAAGUUGAUUAGUGUUAAUUGUACUGCUCAGUAUGGUCUGUGUACAAAUAUGUAAUUGUGAACAUUUUUAUUCUAUUUAUUGUGAAAAGUUCGGGCCAUUUCAACUAUUGAACAUUUAUACAUUUUACUUUUUAUUCUCAAUUUUUAUGGUUAAAUCUAUAUGCAAGUAUAGCUUUUCAGGGACCUUUUUGUUAAGUUAUUUUUUUAACUUGU